UCCAACACAAACCUACAGUUAGCUUGUGCCACAAUUUUAAAACCCAAAUUCACAAUGUAUACAUAGUUAGGAUCCACAAAUCGACAUAACCAAAAAUUUGAUAUGGAGUUCAAAACAUUUUCCAACGAAAUCGUAUUCUUCGAUCUAGAAACAAACGUACCAAACAAAACAGGACAGCAUUUUCACAUCCUCGAGUUUGGUGCGAUCAUCGUAUGUCCAAGAACACUCGAGGAGGUAGAGAGCUUCACAACGCUUAUACAACCCAAAGACCUUUCGGUGGCCUCGUUAAGGUCGUCUAGAUCGGAUGGGAUCACGAGGGAUAAGGUUGCGGAUGCACCAAGUUUCGAAGAUGUGGCUGAGAAGAUCUAUGGUCUAUUGAACGGUCGGAUUUGGGCAGGUCAUAACAUUAGAAGGUUCGACUGCGUUAGGAUUAAGGAAGCUUUUGCUGAGAUUGGUAAAGCUGCGCCUGAGCCCUCAGGGAUCAUUGAUUCUUUGGGGUUAUUAAGCGACAAGUUUGGCAAAAGAGCUGGUAACAUGAAGAUGGCAAGUUUGGCUGCGUACUUUGGCCUUGGAGUGCAAAAACACAGGAGUCUUGACGACGUUCGAAUGAAUUUAGAGGUCCUCAAGCAUUGUGCAACAGUGCUUUUCUUGGAAUCUACACUUUCCAAUCAAUUGGAAGGAAAAUGGCAAAGUUCUUCAAAGAUCAUGACAAGAAGUCGAAGUAGUUACCAAACAGCCCAAAGGGCAAUGCCUUACUCCAAGGGUAGUCUCGGGAAGAUGACACAAAAUGUGAAGAAUCUCCUAAGCAAAGCUCAAGGCAACCAAGCUCUUCAAAGCUUGAUUAAACAUUCUCAUUCUUUGCUUAGAUGAUUACUGCACCCCUUAGUGAUUAUUAUUAUUUUUCUAAUUUGGAAAAUAAAUUCAAUUGUAUAUGUUUUUUUUUUUUUUUUGCUUAAAUUCAAUUGUAUAUGUUGCACAUUUGUGUUUACGUUCAUCCACUA